UGUCGAACUGGUGGGACCGAGAUGCGCACGGCGCGUAACCAAGGAACCCUUUUACAGAAAGACCCCUCCCUUCAAUGGUGUUCUCUAGGGGACCUAGCUGAUUUCCUCGCCGUCGCCUUGCCUCCGGCCAUGGCGACCGGUGGCAAGCCCGCUGCUCCUCAGCCACCUCCCGCCGCGCCCUCCUCCUCUGACCGCGCGCUGGAGUCAGUCCACUUCUCCUCGGGAAACCCUCGCAUCGAGGAGACCCGAGGCGUCGUCGUCCUCCACCCCGACCCGCCCGCCGCCGCCUCCUGGUCUCAUCUCCCGGUGGGGAGGAAGCCGCGGGUGUGCGUGCUCGCCGUGCCCAAUCACAUGACCUACGCCGACUUCUGCCGUUUCUGCGGUGCCUUCGUCCCCCACACGCUCGAGAUGCGCAUCGUCAGAACUGAUGGAGCAGAGGACCAGUACAGUGUUCUUAUAAAUUUUGACACUCAGAGCUCCACAGACAGCUUCUAUAAGCACUUCAAUGGGAAGCAGUUCUCUUCGCUGGAGGGGGAUGUUUGCCAAGUCCGUUUUGUGGAAGAUGUGCACUACACUCAAUUGAUUGAGCAUGCACAUACCUCGGUUACAAACUUGGCUGAGCAACCUACGUGCCCAGUAUGUCUUGAACGACUUGACCAAGAUCCUGGAGGUAUUCUCACAACAAUCUGCAACCAUUCUUUCCACUGUUCUUGCAUAUCAAAAUGGACAGACUCCUCAUGCCCGGUCUGCAGAUAUUGUCAGCAGCAACCAGAGAAAUCCAUGUGUUCUAUUUGCGGAACUUUGGAGAAUCUUUGGAUAUGUCUAAUCUGUGGCCAUGUUGGCUGUGGAAGGUACAAAGGUGGACAUGCUAUUGAACACUGGAAGGAAACACAACAUUGCUAUUCACUUGAGUUAGAGACACAGAAAGUUUGGGACUAUGCUGGGGACAACUAUGUCCAUCGGCUUAUUCAGUCAAAAACAGAUGGAAAGCUAGUUGAGUACAAUUGCCAUGAUGAUCACACAGCAGAGAGCACGUGUUCACUAUGCAGUGGUGAUGCCGCAAUGAGUGAAGCUCUACUAAACAGUAAAUUUGAAGCUAUUGUUGAAGAGUACAAUGAUCUUGUUACAUUUCAACUUGAAAAGCAAAGAAAUUACUAUGAGUCACUUCUACUAGAAGUCAAAGAGGAAACUGAGAGAGAAAUUUCUGCUGCUACUGAGAAAGCCAUGAGCAUAAAACUCCAAAAGUUGGAAGCAAAGUUUGAAAAGUUCAGGGAAGAGAAAAGAUUUCUUGAUGAAGUUAAUGGCAAUCUUGUCAAGAAUCAGGAGAUGUGGAUUGAAACGAUACGAAAAGCACAAGCAAGGGAGCAAGCUGCCCUUAGAUUAAAAGAUGAGAAGAUUGAGAAACUUCAAGAAGAGCUAAGAGGUUUGAUAGCCCAUUUCGAGUGCCAAAGUGCCAUUGCACAAGCUCAAGAUUCGUUCUCAAGUGAUAUACCAGGGGACAUGAUUCUUCCGGUAGCAUCAGAAUCAUCCUCGAGCGGCGGUGACCCUGUUGGUGGCACUAGAAACGGGAAGCAGAAUUGAGUUUUGACACCACAAUCUGCACCCGUUAUAAAGCACGUUUGACUGUUAUAGGGACCUAGGUAUAUUCUUGCUUCCAAACCCCCACCCUUUGUAUGUUCAGUUAGGGUAACACACAUUUGUCAGUUGUCACCUCACUGCCCCUCAAGUCUAUUGUCAUUAGCCGCUAGUAGUGUGUACCAUAGUGGUAUAGUAUCAGAGAUUCCACGGCAGGAAUUGCAAAGUUUUUUUUAAUACUUUGGGUGAAGCAGUGAUAUCAGGAAGUGCAAAUUAACACUUCAGUUCAUGGUUUCGGAUCCUUAUCUUUUUGUGUUUAGGGAUUUCAGAUCCUUAUCCUUAUAACUAACAUUAAUGGUAUUAACAAGUCAUGUUUGACUGUGACA